UGUAAAGCUCAUCCAAAACCACAAGAAGACACUUUCUGCGUCUACAGAGUAGCUGCACUAGUUUCGGCUUUUAUUCUCAUUUUCUCAGUGGAGAGACAAUUCUCGGGAAAAAAGUUUUCAUUUUUCUGAGAUUCUCUGCUUCCCUCUGCAAAACCCAGGUUUUAUUUUCUCGGCAGCCAUACAUGGGCAGUGAAGUUCCUCAUCAGCUUCAUGUUUUCUUCUUCCCCUUCAUGGCGCAUGGCCACAUGAUACCGACCCUGGACAUGGCGAAGCUUUUCGCGAGCAGAGGAGUCAAAUCAACGAUUCUUACAACCCCUCUCAAUGCUCCCAUCUUUCAGAGACCAAUCGAAGCGUUCAAGAACAAGAAUCCGGACUCCGACAUCGGAAUCGAGAUCCUAAAUUUCCCUUGCCCAGAGCUAGGAUUGCCCGAAGGAUGCGAAAGCGUCGAUUUCAUCCACUCAAACUUCACUGGGGAUAUAUUCCCUAUGGUUCAAAAGCUUUUCUUCUCGACCAAGUUCCUCAAAGAUCAGUUGGAGCACCUCAUCGAGACAGCCAGACCGGAUUGUCUGGUCGCCGACAUGUUCUUCCCCUGGGCCACUGACGCUUCGGAAAAGUUCGGCGUCCCGAGACUUGUGUUCCACGGCACGUGCUACUUCGCGUUGAGCGCUUCUUAUUGCAUCAGACUUCAUAAGCCACACAAGAAGGUUGCUUCCAGUUCUGAACGCUUUGUGAUCCCUGAUCUUCCCGGAAACAUUGUCAUUACAGCAGAUCAGGUCAUGGAUCACAAUGAAGAUAGCGAAAUGGGGAAGUUUAUGAAAGAGGUCAAGGACUCGGAGAAACUCAGCUAUGGUGUCCUGAUGAACACCUUCUACGAGCUUGAAUCUGAUUAUGCUGAUUUCUAUAAGAGGUUCGUGGCAAAGAGGGCAUGGAAUGUCGGUCCGCUUUCACUAUGCAACAGAGGGUUCGAGGAGAAAGCUGAGAGGGGGAAAAAGGCGAGCAUUGAUGAGCAUGAGUGCCUCAAAUGGCUUGAUUCUAAAGAACCAGAAUCAGUAAUUUACGUGUCUUUUGGAAGUAUGGCUAAAUUCACGAACGAACAGUUGAAAGAGAUCGCAGCAGGGUUGGAAGGUUCAGGACAAGAUUUCAUCUGGGUUGUCAUGAAAAAUGGUGGCAAAGGUGAGAAGGAAGAGUGGUUACCAGAAGGGUACGAGGAGAGGAUCAAAGGGAAAGGGCUGAUAAUUCGUGGGUGGGCCCCGCAGAUGCUGAUUCUCGACCACCAAGCAAUCGGUGGAUUCGUGACGCAUUGUGGCUGGAACUCGGUUUUGGAAGGCGUGGCGGCUGGCUUGCCAAUGGUGACAUGGCCGGUUGGGGCGGAGCAGUUCUACAACGAGAAGCUGAUAACUCAAGUGCUGAAAACAGGAGUUAGGGUCGGAGAGAGGAAGUGGGUCAACUUUGUGGGAGAUUUCACGGGAAGAGACAAAGUGGAGAAGGCGGUGAAGGCGGUAAUGGUGGGGGAAGCAGCCGAGGAGAGGAGGAGACGGGCCAAGGAGCUUGCCCAGAUGGCCAAAGCCACCGUCGAGAAAGGAGGGUGUUCUUACAGUGAUCUGAACAGGCUAAUGGAAGAUCUUAGGUUGUUCAGAGAAAGCAGGACCAGAACCAGUCCAUGAGUUUCAUUUUCAGAUGUCUGUGAUUGAUUGUUAUAUCUCCCUGUUGUUAAAUCUCUGUAUUAACUUGUCUCCAUGAGAUAAUGAAUCGGAUUCUGCAGACAAAAAACCUGGAAUUCUUGGUCA